AUAUAUACCUUGCAGACUAGAUGUAAGAAAAUGUAGAGACGAUAUUGGCGAAGGGAUAUGAAUUAAGGAAUAUGUUGAAGCAGGUCAAGCCAGGAGAAAUAGUUGCUCUAAAUGGAAUGAUGCUUGAACGGAACACUCCAUUGCUCGUAAAAAAAACAGGCCCAAAUAUUGUGGUUGAGAACUAUGAGUUUACUGCAAAUCGUCUUAGUGGCUUGGUAGCAGCUUAUGCAUUUGAGUACAGACAUAGAUUUCCAAAUCUGACAUCAACUGAAGCCCAAUUAUUGGGAUUAACUUGGGACAAUGGAAACAUGCAAAAAUGUAGACUGUAUUUAUCAGCUGUAAGCGGCACAGAACACUUUUAUGAUCAAUUCCAAUUUUGGCCUCUCGUGUGUGCUCUGCGUAAACUCCACAAAAACAAAAUCACAAAGGAACCCAUAAUUAAAAUGGCUAAAAUAAAAAAUCCAAGUGGCAUAAGAAUGGUUCAAGAUAUGAUGGACAACUUUUCUGAGGUUCAGAAGCAAUGGAUGGCGUUUCCAUCAGGGUCAGUACAGGAUUUAGUAAAAUUACUGGAAUUAAGUCCUCCAGAGUUGAAAGUUUUGUUUUCCAAGAACUCUUGAAAAUGUAAGGCUUGUAUGCCAUUAUUUUUUAAACUUUACGACUCUCCUUUCAAUUGAUACUCUACUUGAUGGAAAGGAUUUUAUAUUUGUGACAGUUAUAAUAUAUUGUAAUCAGUUUUCAAUUAUAUUCUUAUUCUACAAACUUUGUCAUUAGUAUUACACAUAGUUUGUUGAACUUCUUAUCAUUAAAAAUAAUUCAUUUGUUUA